AUGUCUGCUCGCAUUGUUCGAUCUUUGGCCUCAAAGCCCUCCGUGCCCGCCAUCCAGCGCGGCUUUCGCACAACAACAUCUCUGUUGCGACACGGCGAUCAUGAACCUAUUGGACCCAAAGCCACCGAGAAACCCGAGGCCAAGGCCCCCAACUCUCCAUUAGUUAUGCUUGGAGGAGUCGGUCUUGCAAUUGGCGCAGGCUUCUUCUUCCUCAUGGGCAAGCCUGAGAAAGCAAAGGACGCUCCUGUCGAGGGCGCUACCAAGAAGCCCAUAAGUCCCAAAUAA